GCGGACGUGUUCUACUGACAACAAACACAAAUACGAGAGUGCGAGAGCUGGGAUAAAGAACAAAACACUGACAUUUCUGCAGCUAAAACUACUACUUGUGUCGUCGAGUGGAUUUCACAAAGGACAUUGACUGUAAGCAGAGCGAGUACGUGCUACCCAAGUUCGGACCGAUGUGGAAACCUCUGGGCGUUAUCGUCCAGGCUGCCAAGGUUACACCGUAAAAGGGUAGUAUUUAUUGUAACAUUUGUGAUUUCAACGUAAUUGAGAUCAUGGGCUCCAGGCUCAGCCGCCAAAACAGUCUCGACAACGAGAAUUUUUCAAGGAGGCGACGGAAACAUUUCGACAGUACGGGAGAGAGCGAUCGGAGCGGAGACUUCUUGUUUACAUCCCUGAUGCCCAGGUCGGAUAAGCUGCCGGGGAUGCUGAGGAGAGCCAACCACAGCCCGUAUGUCAGACGAGUCGCCUGGAUCCGAGAGAUUCAGAAGCUCCUUCGGGAGAGGAAGAGAGAAGACGCGACGGACGUGCUCAAACUGUUGAGGAAGGACCUGGGAUUAGAGGGUACAUCACUCAAUGAUAUCCUCUAUAAGAACGCAUCCUUUCUAAACCUGGUGGACCCCAUAUCUCAUGAGCUCCUGCUGAGCCUGGCUAGAGACAUGCAGUGCCCAAAGAAGGACUCAGACACACUGAAGUCAUCUGAUAAAAUCUGCAGACAGCUCAUCUACCACCUGACCCCUCACUCCAAGUGGCUUAGAAAAAGUAUGACCCGUAGAAAGGCCCAGGCCUGUCUUAAAACAACACUUCAGAAGAAGCUCUGCAGUGACUCUGUGGACCUGUCUGGCAUCCCUUUAUCAACUCGCAACAUACGGCAUGUGGCGUAUUACCUCCAGACCAGUGGGGGCGCUGUGAUAUCCGUAGAUCUUAGUUUCACUGAGCUCCGGGACGAGGGCCUACGUCUACUUCUGCCCUUCCUGGGUGCAUUGCCCAAACUCACAACACUGGCUCUCAAUGGGAACCGUCUGACUCUUGGCAUCCUUAAAGAUCUGAGUGAAGCCCUCAAAGAUUCCAAGAAGUUCAGUUGUCUUGCCUGGGCUGACCUGGGCAACAACGUGGACAUAUUUACCAUGCCACAGCCUCUUCUGGUGGCCCUACGGCGACGCUGUAGUCUAAAGUUCAGUGUUUCUCAACCCUGGUCCUGGGCGCCCCCCAACACUGCACAAGAGGGUCAGCCCUAUUGCUACCGCAUGGAGAGCUCCAUUGAAGAACCCAGCCACUAUGAAGAAGAGGAGGAUGAAGACGAGGAGGAGGAAGAGGAUCUGGAGCCAUGGAGCAUCGGGGAACAGAAAAGUUCAGGUAGUUUUACCCUGCACCAUUGUGAGAGGUGAACCAAUCACGAUCAUUGUCACCUGACGAUGGGAUAAAGAAAGAACGGGAGAGCGCAGGCAAGAGAUCUCUCUUCUCUCGGUACCAUUUCUCCCAAUCAACACCUUUUACCAUCUCCCUCCUCCACUGAAGCUCCAUGACCUUCCCAUUGUGGUUAUGUGUGAACCAACAGCAUCACAUUUAAAGAGCCAACUAACCACCUGAACACGGCAAACGGUGAAACACGCUGGUUUGAAAUUCUCUCAAAGCUUCACCAUUGACUUACUGUGUUGGCAGAUGAUGCUCCUUGACUCGAGGUGGGGGUUCAUUGGAGGGGGCCACAGAGAGUUGCGUUACAGAUACUUUCUUACGCCCCUCUUCGGUCACAAAUGACCAGUGAUGGACAGGAAAAAAUGGCAAUAAAAAAUCCGAGAGUCAGUCAACUGGCUGAUGCAUACCAACGGUGGAUUUGAAGCUCUACGGACCCCGCUUUUAAAUAAGGUAUGGUUAGGAAUUUUGUGGGGUCUGGUCAGGUUUGGUCGUAUUUGUCAGUGUUGCAUUGCUGAGGCCAUCUCUGCCGCAGCAGACUGGACCUAUCACCCCUCUGUGUAUGCUCUACUAAUCUCCCAACAAAAGCCAUGAAACCAGCUCAACAGACUAUACAGCCGACCCACGUCACGUGACGCAAGCAAAACUGCUAUGUCAAGACUUUUGCAUUUUCCCCCCUUUCCAAAAUGUUCACUUGUGAAUACCCACGCACCACUUGUCGUGUAGUUGUGAGUGAUGAUACAAAAAGGAAACGCUGUUGAACUGCCAGCAUCUGUUUUUUGUUGUCUGCUAAUGAACAAACUAUACGACAGGUAUAUUUCAACAAAGAAACAUUUUUGUUGUAUAUGAGAAGAUUGCUCACCUUUUUAUGUUCAGGUCAUCUUAAAUAUUCCUCUUAAAUAUGUCUUGCUGUGUCAUUGCAGUGCUGCUGCUCCCUUUGGAAUCAUCCGUUGAAAUAUGGCGGUUCAUUAUGCUACAUUUCUGUAUGGUGUAUUUUAAUAUAUCAAGCACAUUGAUUAAUCAUGUCUGGUCAACUUUACUAAAACGUUCUUAAAGGUUCUUAACAUCAUGCUCAAAAUAAUCUUGCCUGUAACACAGAGUUGCAGCAACACCCCAUCUAUUUUAAAUCUAAUUUUCAUCAUUAAUGAUAAAAUUAAUGGACCUCGAGAUAAAGAGCUAAUGAUUGUUCCAUGGCCUUCAAUUACCUGAGCACUUUAGUCUGUGUUUUCAUCAGGUUUGUGACUGAAAACUUGUUGUAGCGAUGUCGUCUUGUAACAUGAACAUCUUUAUUUUUUUCUGAAACAAAAAUGAGCCAAACAAAUAGUUACUGUACUAACCAGCACUUAGUUGUUUGGGAGUAAAGCUCAGAUGAUCAA